AAACCUAUCAAGAACUUCCUAUCUGUUGAGUCGAAUUGUCCGGUCUUGGAGUGUCGUACCAACUUGAACACAUUUUGGGAUCAUCUCGUACCUUUUGUCUGACUGAUAGCUUGGAUUCGGCAGUCGCACCUCCAACAUGGCUUCCGCAUCUGUCAUGCCCCGCAAAUUGUGGGAGCAUCCUAAUCCGGAUGCUACCAACAUGGCUCAGUUCAUGAGAGAUGUCAACAAGAAAAGAGGACUGAAGCUCAAGACAUUCCAGGAUCUUCAUCAGUUCUCCGUCAAUCAACGUACUGACUUCUGGUCUGAUCUCUUUCAAUUGCAUCCUCUAAUCCAUUAUGGCAACUAUGAUCAAGUCGUGGAUCUAAAAGCUAGAAUGGACUCUGUGCCUUCCUGGUUCUCUGGCGUCAAGCUCAACUUUGCAGAGAAUAUUUUGUAUAGUGCCGAUUCAAAGAACCCCUCCCUCCGCACAACUGCCGGCAAGGAAAGCGAUAAAGUAGCUCUAACAGAAGUUCGUGAAGGAUGUACCGAGAUUAAGCACUAUACCUGGAAAGAACUUCGAGCCAAGGUGGGCUUGCUUGCUCAAGCUAUGAAAGCUCAUGGCAUCAUGAAAGGCGACAGAGUUGCAGUUGUCUCGUCUAACUCUACGGAUACAUUGGCUGUCUUCUUGGCUGUGACGACUCUGGGCGGUAUCUUCAGUUCGAGCUCGACUGAUAUGGGAAGUCAGGGCGUGCUGCAGCGACUUACGCAAAUCGAGCCGAAGUGGAUCUUUGUGGACGACUGGGCUGUUUACAAUGGCAAGACUCUCGAUCUCAGGCCGAAGAUGAAGGAAAUCGUGGCUGGUAUGCAAAAGAGUAAGGCUAAAGGCUUCAAGGGCCUUGUAAGUAUGCCCAGGUUCCAAGAGAAGCCUGCGGAUGUCAGUGGUGUUGAUCAGACUAUGGGUCUGGCUUCGUAUCUGGCAAAAGCUGGCGGUAAUUCCGACUUGCCGUUUGAAAAGGUCGAUUUCAAGGAUCCUUUCUUGAUCGUUUACUCUUCUGGCACUACUGGUGUACCGAAAUGUAUCGUGCAUGGCUGCGGCCCAGUUCUGAUCAGUUCGAUGAAGGAGGGUAAACUGCAUCUGGACUCUGGACCGACGACUGUCAACUUACAAUACACAACCACUGGCUGGAUCAUGUAUCUCAUGUCAACGAUGGCUCUCCAACAUGGGGCACGAUCAAUAUUAUACGAUGGUUCGCCAUUCAUACCAGACCUGACAACUUUCAUCCGCCUCGUCGGAGAGCAGAAAGUCACUGAUCUGGGUAUCUCGCCCAGGUAUCUCCAAACACUUGCCUCUGCAUCUCCUCCGGUCAUUCCCAAGCAGGUCACCGAUCUGUCAAGUCUGCGUCGUGUUUCGAGCACAGGUAUGGUCUUGCCAGAAUCUCUCUUCCAUUGGUUCUACGACUCUGGUUUCCCUGCUUCUGUUCAUCUCAACAAUAUCAGUGGAGGUACUGAUGUAGCUUCAUCAUUUGCCAUGGGUAACUUGCUCACGCCACUAUAUGCUGGUGGCUGUCAAGGUCCAGGUUUGGCUAUGAAUCUCCAAGUCUACGACCAGACUAUCGAAGGUGGAAAAGGUGUCAAGGGUAAACAGCUACCCGUUGGCGAAGCAGGAGAGCUGGUCGUAACCUCUGCCUUCCCUAACCAACCGGUCAAGUUCUGGGGCGACACUUCUGGCCAAAAGUAUUUCGAUGCUUACUAUGCUCGAUUCGAUAACGUCUGGACCCAUGGUGACUAUAUUUUCGUCCACCGAAAAACCGGCGGCGUCUACUUCCUCGGCCGCGCCGACGGCGUCCUGAACCCCUCAGGUGUCCGCUUUGGCUCGGCAGAAAUUUACAAUGUCAUUGAAUCCUUCUUUGGCGAUGAAAUCCAAGACAGCAUCUGUGUAGGUCAACGCCGACCUUCGGACAAUGACGAAGCAGUCAUUCUCUUCCUUUUAAUGAAGCCGGGCCAGAAGUUCUCGGAACAGUUGGUCAAAGCUGUCAAGCAGAGAAUUGGCAAAGAAUGCUCGCCUAGACAUGUUCCGAAAUAUGUCUUUGAGACACCUGAGAUACCUACGACUGUCAACCUCAAAAAGGUCGAAUUACCAGUCAAGAGAAUUGUUUCUGGCGAAAAGGUUACGCCGUCGGGAACUUUACUCAAUCCACAGAGUCUGGAGUACUAUUACAAAUUCGCUCAAGUGGAGGAAUUGGUGGGUGUCAAGAGUAAGCUGUAGAUGGAAUAUUUGUUAGAACAUAAGCUAGACGAGACCCCUACAUACAGAGAGAAGAAAAAAAUCUUGCAACAG